UUUCGCUCACAAUUUUCCGAGCAGCGGUCCCGAACGGUCCGGUCCCGUAGUUAGCUAGGCGUUCGCGUGAAAAUUUUCCUCUUUUUAACCCAUAAAUGACCUAGGAGAUGUGAUUUAUCUGCCCUUUCGAACCAGCUGGCGUAAUUGAGAAUAUUUUCAGUUGGAACGUGUGUGAUGUAGUGAUAAGCUUUCGAGAAUUUGCAACGAUGACAAACUGUUAAAACGUGUUGAAAUGGAGUGAAAAGUUGAGAUCCCGAACGAAAAGAAAAACGGAAAAUCUGAGUCAAAUGUGAUACUGAUCCCAUAUGAGUGUGCGAGUUUAAAUAUAUUUGAAAUCGUAAAACGGUGACUUUGAGACAUCUGUGGUCGCACUUACGGUGACGUCAACGACCUGUGACGAUACUUGACAUCGCACGAAGAACAUCUUAGGCAUCGUAGAUAAUGGAUACGAAGUCAGAUGCACCGGUGGUGGCCCGUCGCCGAAGAAAGGCGGCUCGUCAACUUCGCGAAUCCACUCCGGAUCCAUCACAGAGAGGGGCAGCCACAGACAAUAGCCUGAGCCAAGCGUCGGACGAUCAGAGUGGAUCGGAGAGUAGGAGUACGGGCCGAAGCACGGUUGAAUCGAGUCCCCGUGGAUCGGUGAAUAGUAAGAAGAGCUUCAUCGAACGAGCAAUGGAAUACGGUAGUCAUCGAAACAAGAUCCUCAGCAGAAAAGACAAGAAGCUUACGGUUAUGUCCGAGAGGAGCCGAUCGGUACCACGCGACAGUGAGGAUGUACCGAGCAGUCCGGAAAUGUUUUCGCUUCUCCGUCGUGCCAAAAAGAGCUUGUCUUCAUCGCGCAAACCCAAAACCGACGAUUCGAGUGACGGUGGCAAAAUUUCGGACACGGAAGUUCGCAAACGCCGCGAGCGCAUCGAACGCUAUCAAUCGGAACGCAGCAAAGAUGACGACUCAAAAUCAUCCCAUCUUCAAGUGAAUCUGUCUCGUUUCAACGAAGAACGGCGAAAGUUUGAACUGGAAAAACUCAAAUUUCUCCAGGAGAAACGGGAACUAGACCGAAUGAGGCUGAGACGGUUCGAUAAGUACCGCGAGGAACUGUUGGAAGAACAGCGACAGAAGCUUCACGAAGAUCUGCGGAAUCGUGAACGAGAGGAACGCUCCAAGAGUAUCGAAGCACCGAUCUUGCCUCCAGUGCCACCAACACGAUCCAAAACGCCUGUCUCGCCGGGGGCGUCCAGAAAGAAGAUUUUGAUUAUUCCAAAGACAUCCAGUCGGUCGGCAUCGAGUAGCGAAGAAGAAGGUAAUAACACGAGUGAUGAAGAAAAGACAGCGACCAUCAGGAGGAGGUUUUCCCCUCGAAAACCGAAGAGGCUAAGAUCGACAAAAACCGAGUUGAAGCUAUCCAAAACUCCGGAACUAGCUACAUCUCCGGAGCCUGAGUCAGAGCUUCCAUCAGAUUUCCCACCCGAACCGGAACUAGCUGAAUUGGAACCAGUUGCACCGGUAGAGGUGGGGCCGUCUGCCGUUCCUGAACAAAAGGUAGAAGAAGAGAUGGUGCUGACCCAAAGGAAGGUGGUGAGAAAGGAGGAUGGUGAAUCAGACGAAAAGAAGAUGGAAAAGGAGAAGGAUAGCGAGGAGAAAGAUUCGAACGAAAAGAAGGAUGAUGUGUUGGUUGCAGAGGACAAGAAGGUUGAGGGACCUAAAGAGAAAAAACGUAGACGAGCACUACUAGUCUAUGUUGAAAAGGAGGAUGAUUCGUUCAGCUGGAUGGAAAUUUUGGCUGAGUUGAAAGACUUUUGGUUAGACUUCCUGGAUGAUAAUCCACGGGAAAUUCGUAGGAUUAGGUUGCAGGCUAAUGAAUGUGCCUUCUAUUUUGGUGUUAUGGUAGUACUAUGUGGUGUCGGAGGGGUUAUCUUCCGAGUUACCGAGGGAACCUUCGAAUCGCAGUACAAAUGCGGUGUUAAGCGAGUUAAACGAGACUUCAUUGAUCAGUUGUGGGUUUCCAGCCACAGUCAAAGGGAGGAAGACUGGAAGCAAACCGCUAGAGCAAGACUAAGGAAAUUUGAGGAAGAACUGCAUGUUGCAUUCGAAGCAGGCAUGAAAACCUACAGUGGCAAUACGGCGUGGAACUUUGUCAACGGUGUGAUUUAUUCACUGACUGUGGUGUCAACAAUUGGAUAUGGCCACAUAACACCAUCUACGACGACGGGUCGAGCGCUGACGAUAAUAUACGCUAUUAUCGGUAUUCCCAUAUUUCUUAUUGUUCUAGCUGAUUUUGGCAAGCUAUUCACGAGAGGAAUCAAGUUCUUAUGGUCUUACGUGAGACGAUUAUACUACACGGGUUCAAUUCGGAAAGUGCGGAAAACGUCCCAAGUGAAGGAGGUUAUGAAAGGGCUCAACGUAGUUUAUGAUAUGGUUCGUCGUCCCAGUGGCGAUCAUGAACUACAGCCUACCAAUAUACAAGCCACUGAACAACCCCAGCCUUCCACCUCGGCGGAAGCUCCUCCAACGUGUGAAUCACCUGCCACUCCGGUCAUGGAAACAUUCGAAAUCGACGAUGAAUUCAAUCUUCCAAUUUCCAUUGCAAUUUUUAUCCUGGCAGCUUACAUGCUCUUCGGAGCCACCAUUUACUACACCUGGGAAAAUUGGUCUUUCUUCGAGGCAUUCUACUUUGUGUUCAUAUCCAUCUCAACCAUCGGGUUUGGUGACUUUGUUCCUCAACAUCCCAUCUACAUGAUGUGCAGCAUCCUGUAUCUAAUAUUCGGCCUUGCUCUCACUUCAAUGUGCAUCAACGUUGUUCAACUGAAAAUUAGCGACAGCUUCCGACAUGCCAGCGCCAAAAUCGGUGCCACAAUUGGCCUUCAGAUGGCAGAAGCAGCUUCCCUACAGCAAUCUCAAUCCCAAUCUCAUAUGCAAACUCCAGUGGAAUUGUCCGGUGUCCAUACCAGCACCCCAACCAGCGCAAAUGGAUUUCAGCAAGCACCCCCACCACCGACUAAUUUAAAUGGAGAUGCCACCAUGACACCGGUACUUCCGGAUCGACCGAGCAGCACAAACGUCAGUACCAGUAAAAAGAAAGAUGACAAGAAACAGUAGUGUAGUUAGUAACGAAUUAGAAUGAACACAAUGACUGAUUUACGAGUGAAAGUUGUGCUAAAACGAAAGUUUUAACGAAUGGAACCGCCUUUCGAAGCUAAUGGACCUUCUCAUUGCUACGCACAAUCGCCAUAUUAUUCGAUAAGCGCCACGCGAAACUAUAUGAAAGAUAAAUUUUACCAUAUUUAUAUACAAUCAAUAGCUUUUAAGAUGGAAAUGCACCAAAAACAACAUAUGAAUUAUACUUUUUCGAACAAUUCGCCUUAAGUAGGAUAGGAUAUUUAAGGGUUUCAAAUGUUUGCAGAUGAUAAAUCGGAUCAAUAAUACAAAGGUGUGUUUGAUAGGAGUUUGUUACAUUACAUAGAACGGCAGCGUACUAAACCAUUAAGUGUACAGCAAACGAAGCUUAUACUUUGUUUUAUACAAUUGUGAAUUUCAAGUUAUGCUGAAUAAAGAAAUAAUUGCGAAAUAAUGUUUGAUUUUCAUGUGUCAUCAAUUUAUUUGAUCAUUUGGUCACAAGAA